AUGAGCAGCAACAACAAAAACAACAAUGUUCGUGAUAGUGAUGACAAGAUGCUGAAACUUUCAAAUAAUUACGACAUCAGGAAAUACACCUUCGACGAAUUUCCACUCAUCAACAAUGAUGACAACGAUGACUUCAACGAUAUUGUUGCUGAUAAUAUUGCUGAUAAUAAUGACCUCGAUCUUCCAAAUGUUCAACCUGUUCAACAACAACAUAAUAAUGACAUUAACCAAAAUAACAACUGCAACAACAACAACAUCUGCAACAACAUGAACAGCACGUGUAGCAACGUAGGUUCUGCAAUGAGAUGCAUUAUUUUUAACGCAUUUUGCGGUAUAUUUCUUCUACUUAGCGUUGCGAUAGCCAAUGUAUACGAACGUUUAUCGGGGAGAAGAGUGAACAAGGCAAGGUUACAUGUGUUUGACGGGGAAUUUUUUUUAAAACUGCUUGAGCUCUAUCAAAAGUUCAGCUGUGGAUCUGGAGAACGAGGGGGCAUGGCAUCUUUGCUCAAGCCCUGA